GAAGGUGCUAUUAAAAUCCCAACUGUUUCCAUAUCUCCAGAGGACUUGAAUACAACUGCCAUGGCAGAGUUUGGGAAUUACAUUCGGAAAGUCUUCCCAGCUGUGUUUUCCUCAGAGUUCAUUCAGCAUGAAGUCAUUGGUGAAUACAGCCAUCUCUUUACUGUCCAGGGUUCUAACCCUCAGAUGAUGCCCUACAUGCUGCUUGCACACAUGGAUGUUGUGCCUGCUCCCCCGGAGGGCUGGGAAUUCCCUCCUUUCUCAGCUGCAGAGCAUGAAGGAUUCAUCUAUGGACGAGGAACUCUGGAUAACAAGAACUCUGCCAUAGGGAUUCUGCAAGCUCUAGAGUUUUUGCUGAGAAGAAAUUACAGACCCCACAGAUCUUUCUAUGUUGGUAUUGGACAUGAUGAAGAGGUGCUUGGUCGGAAGGGAGCGAUGGAGAUGGCAGCUCUGUUGGAAGCACGAGGAGUGAAGCUCUGCUUCUUGCUGGAUGAGGGCAGUGCCAUACUAGAUGGCAUCGUCACGGGGGUGAAGAAGCCAGUAGCAGUAAUUGCUAUCACAGAAAAGGGCUCAAUAACACUGAACUUCACUGUGGAAAAAGAGCCAGGACAUUCAUCCUUUCCCCCGAAGGAGACAAGUAUUGGCAUUCUUGCAGCAGCGAUGACCAGACUGGAGCAGAAUCCCUUGCGCAACCUCUUUGGCCAUGGGCCAGAACUCAUGACUAUGGAGCACCUCGCAUCAGAGUUCACGUUUCCCCUCAAUGUCAUCAUGAGCAAUCUAUGGCUGUUUUCCCCUGUUGUCAGCAGAGUUCUUUCCUGGAAACCUUCCACCAACGCCUUGAUUCGAACGACUACAGCGGUGACGAUGUUUAACGCGGGAAUCAAGAUAAAUGUCAUCCCAUCUUCUGCAAAAGCAACUGUGAACUUCCGCAUCCACUCUGCAGAGAAGGCUACCGAGGUGCUAGAGGCAGUUAGAAACAUCAUUGCUGACGACAAAGUGAAGAUUGAUGUUGUGGAGGCAUUUGACCCGCUCCCCAUCAGUCCUUGGGAUGACCAGUCAUUUGGAGUCCAUAUUUUUCAAAGGACCAUUCUGGAUACUUUCCCAGAUGUUGACAGUGUAGUCCCAGGCACGUGCAUUGGGAACACGGACAGCAGACAUUUCACUAACAUCACAGACGCGAUUUACCGCUUUAACCCCCUGCUCCUGAGACCAGAUGAUCUUCCCAGGAUCCAUGGGUUGAAUGAGAGGAUCUCCGUUGAGGGUUACGAGAAGCAGGUCGAGUUCCUCUUCCACCUGAUUCAGAACUGUGACACUGAGAAGCUGCCAGAGCCUCACGCCAGCUCCCACGAGCUGUGA